CCGGGUUUUGUCUCCUCCCCAGCUCCGAGCCGAAGCCUCCCGGGCUCUUCGCCUGUAGUCGGGUGUUCAAAUCUCCGCGAGGGAAGGACGAUCUAACUGAGGGGUUGCACGAGGAGAUAGCGGGAUGGAGUCGCAGCCACCCUAGCAGGGGCCACAAGCAGCCAUCAUGUGCUGGAAUCCUACUUGUCUCUAAAUCUCCAUGGCAACAGCCCAGACCUCUCAUGUGACCUGUGACCCCAGCCAUUGUAUUUUUGAUCCUUACUCUCUGGAUCCUGAGCCGGACAACGACAGCAGCAUGGGUAGCGUGGGCAGCCUGGUAGAGAAGCAGGAUUUCUCCCCAACUGCACCAGGAGGCCUACGAGGGAUGCGCCAGCCAGAUGGAUUGCUACGGAAAGGAAUGUCCCAGCGGGAAGUCUUUGGUUACUUACAUGGGGGCAAACAGGAUACUCGGGCUGAGAAAAAGUCAUCCAGUGGUGGCUUUAAACGGGACUAUGAGAGUGACCGGGAGAACCAGUCCCCUGACCGCUACUUCCGGGACAAUCAGCGAGGGACAGAUUUCUCGAAGAGUUCCUUGCCUGAACGUGGACGCUUUGACAAGUGUCGGAUCAGGCCCUCGGCUUUCAAGAUAGUGUCUGGGAAGAGCCUGUUGCCCAUGCAGGGUCUGUCAUCAGCCAAAGGACAGAAGCUGUCAAAGAGCAAUGGGAGCCUGCAUACGCUCUUGACGCAAAGCAGCACCAGCAGCUCCUCGCAGCGAGGCCCCCUGCGCAACCAUCUCCUGCACACCAUUAGCCUUGAUGAGGGCAACAACUCCAUCCAGAGCUUUCCCACAUACAAUCCUCGCUUCAAACCCUCUCCCAGCCAGCUCAGCGCUUCCAUAGGCAACAUCAACCACAUUGGUGGCUCCUUAGACAGGGCUUCUCGAGGGCCCCGAGACCCCUUGGCUGUAGAGAAAGCCCCACUCUCCUGUAAGAGCCUGAGCCGGUUGCAGAACUCUGGGGAGCCACCUCCUCCCUAUGAGCCCACGUACUCUUUGGAAAAUGUGGUGAAGCAGCUUGAGGACCGGUUAAGUGAGAAGGGCAUGGAGCUUCGCCAGCUUAAGAGGAACCUGAGUGAGACUGAUGACCCUUUCACCCAGAUGUUUGAGGACAAACAGCGUUUGUGGAUGGAUGAGCUGGACGAGCUUAAACAGAUGUAUGUUGCCAAACUACAGCAGGUGAUGCAGCAAGCGCAGCGUAGCCAACGGGCACUUCAGCUGCAACUCUACAAAGCACAGCAGGAGAAGAAGCGGCUGCAGGAAGAGCUGGAUCUUCGGCAGAACCAAUGUGAAGAGCUGAGGCUGCAGCAGCAGCAGGCAGAGCGCCUGAGUCCCAAGCUGGAAGAAACCAAAUGGGAGGUCUGUCAGAAGACUGCAGAGAUCUCGCUGCUCAAGCAGCAGCUCCGAGAUGCCCAGGAGGAGGUGGCCCAGAAACUGGGUGAAAUCUUCAGCUUGAAAACACAGCUGCGUGAAGCCCGAACAGAACUGCAAGCCAAAGAUUCACAACUAGCGAAACUGGGGGACUCUUUCCAACCCUUGCCAGAACAUGGCUCUCCUGUUCCUCCAAGGGAUUCCUCUAUGCAACCAUGCCAGGACUUCUUGGGUUGUGAAACGGAUGACUCUAAAUGUCGGGAGAUGCAAGGGGAGAGUGCAGAGAGCAGUGAGUGGCUAUGGGCAGAACUGUUGCGGGAACGGCGCCAGGCCCAGUUGCAAGCUGCAAACUUUGAGCAGGAACGGAAGACGUGGCAAGAGGAGAAGGAGAAAGUCUUGCGGUAUCAGCGGGAGAUUCAGGCGAGUUAUAUGGAGAUGUACCACUGGAAUCAGGCUCUGGAGAGACAGCUGAAUGAAUUCCGGCAAUACCAACCUGAGCCUAGGGGCAUCAACUCAGAGUCACCUUGGAUUGAGAGAGUGGAGUCCUCAAAAAUUUGAUUAGGGCGUCAGAGGGUCCCUGUGUGCUGGGACUGCAGAAGGGUAGAGACACCACUCUGCAAUAUGGAACACAGGCUUGGGGAGAGGAAGUGCUUCUAAACUAAAAGGGCCUGUUAAUUUCACCCAGAAGACUCUUCCUAUAGUAAGAUAUGGGAUUUUGCAGACUGUUGCCAUUCAUGGAAUGGAAUCCUGGCAUUACGUCUGGCAUUUCUUGUCCAUCCAGAUAGGCUGUGGCCUCCCUAUCACUGCCAUCUUGGAGGGCAUUUGUUUUCCUAUUGUGUCCUGCUUUGUGCCCACGUUGGCACUACCUGUCAGGAUAGUUUUAUUACUCAGAAAUGUGAAUGGCCUUUCAGGGACUUACAGCCACUCUUUAUAAGAUCUGAUGGGGGGAAAUCUCAUGAAGAAUGUGGUAGAAGACUAGGCACCAAAUAGCAAGAUUCUGACUUGUCCUGAAGUUUUGUCCCAUCAUUGUUUAAGACGUGACCCUGUUUGUGCUAAAAAGGAAAGGCUGACAGCAAGUCCAUCUUGGUAUGAGUCCUGCCUAGUAGGAUUUAUUUAGUGUCCAUCUGGCUUGUCCUCAUGCUGUAUCUACUUUUGAAGCUUCAUUUGCAACAUAAUUAUGUGUGCCUUGUCUUGUAAGUGACCAGAACAGAUCCUUCUGUGUUUGACUCUGGAAUGUGUAUGAAAUAGAAGCAUAUGCCUCAGCGCCAGUGGUCUGUCAGACAAAUAGGGAUGGGGCUCAACUACCCCAAAAGGCCAUGGGGCAGUACCACCUGGACUGGGGCCUUUUUCUCCAUAGGUAAUGGCAAAGUGGAAAUGGAGCUGUGGGCAUCUCUGAGCCCUGUUUUGUUCCUGCUUGCUACCCCAGUUCUGGAUUGGAAGGUUCUGUCCAGAUUGGUGAGCCUUGAAAUGGAAGCUCUGCCUGGCAACUCCUAGAAUAAAAAUCUGUGUUACACUUCUGGCUCCAUCACUGUUUGCUUUUUCCUUCCACUCUAGUGUUUUUCCUAGCAUUCUGGCAUUGUGGACUAUAGCAUCCAUACUAUAAUUGUUGUUGUUGUUUAGUCGUUUAGUCAUGUCCGACUCUUCGUGACCCUAUUGACCAGAGCACGCCAGGUCCUCCUGUCUUCCACUGGCUCAAAUCUAUACUAUAAUAGGUGUUCCCAAAGGACAGUAUGCAAACUGAAAUCAUUCUAGAGUUUCUCCUAACACAGUUAGCCAGUGCUAACCAGUCAGGCAUAUCUCAAGAAGGGGGAUCAUUUUCUUCUCUCUCUCUUUUGAGGGGCUAGGGAAUAGUCACAUAAAAAAGAAUUUUCAUGAAGGAUUUUAUUGAAUCUAGCCACUGAAAUUUCAUAACAAUUCUUUAAAAAAAAACCUACAAAUCUACAUCAAGAAUGCCCUUUGUAAUGGUGGAAGGGAUGGGGUUUCUGCCACCCUGCAUUUCACUUCUUGCUCUGAAAUAAAUUUGUCUAACCCAUCCAGCAAGGAAAGAAGUUGAGUUUUUGGCCUGAUUCCAUUUACAGGUAGGCUUGCCGAAACGAGUUGAUUUAAGGUUCUAAAUGAUACAGAUGAAGAUAUGAAAAGGUGUCAUUUAACUGAAAAUUGUGUAGUUAAAGACAUUUAGUGUUAGGAAGAGGGUUGUACUAUGUCUUUUUCUACCCAGAAAUACAGUACUGCGUUAACCAAAAGCUUUCUUAUUAAUUCCUAAAAGAAAUGAAGCAGAAGUAAUUAAGAGAGUGAGGCCAGAGUGCUGUCUUCCCAUGCAAACAUACUGGUGGCAUUCUCAAACCAUUUAGCUUUGGCUCUGCCAUACCCGAUAUAGUCUAAUAUCUCGUAGUAAAUAACUAGCUGUACCUAAGAGGGGGCUGCUCUUUGGUUUCCUCCUUCCAGGUUUUAAUUUGUACUAAUAUUGUAAGUUGCCUCUGGUCCUCUUGAGGAGAAAGGAGGGAUAAACAUGAGUAGAUUCAAU